GGAGCCCCCUCUGUGGCCACCGACGGAAAUAAGUUUGCAGGAGGAAGUUUGCAAUUUUUGAUUCUCGAAAACGUUGCUAGAAGAAGUAUGAAUGUUUCUGAAACAUGGCUGUUCAGUGGUUCCUCAUUAGCAUCUCAAGUUCAUGCUGCUGCUGUUAAUGGACAUAAAAGAGUUCUCCUAAAACAAAUAUCAGGCAAUCCUGAUCUGAAAGACAAAGAGGACCAGUUUGGAAGAACUCCUCUCAUGUAUUGCAUCUUGGCUGAUAGACUAGACUGUGCUGAGGUUUUAUUGAAGACAGGAACAGAUGUUGAUAAAGCCGACCAUAGUCAGAGGACAGCUCUCCAUCUUGCUGCACAAAAGGGCAAUUAUCGCUUUAUGAAACUUUUACUUGCUCAUAGAGCAAACUGGAUGAAGAAGGAUUUGGAAGAAAUCAUUCCUUUACACCUAACUACCCAACAUAAGAGUCCAAAGUGCUUAGCUUUGUUGUUAAAGUAUAUGGCACCAGGAGAAGUAGAUACGCAGGACAAGAACAAGCAAACUGCUCUUCACUGGAGUGCCUAUUACAAUAAUCCAGAGCAUGUGAAGAUUCUUAUCAAACAUGAUUCUAACAUUGGAAUCCCAGACAUUGAAGGCAGAAUUCCACUUCAUUGGGCAGCUAAUCAUAAGGAUCCCAGUGCGGUUAAUACUGUCAAAUGCAUUUUGGAUGCUGCUCCAACUGAAUCUCUGCUAAACUGGCAAGAUUAUGAAGGACGAACUCCUCUCCAUUUUGCAGUUGCUGAUGGGAAUAUAGCUGUUGUUGAUCUGCUGACUUCCUAUGAAAGUUGCAACGUGUCUUCUUAUGAUAAUUUAUUUCGAACUCCGCUUCACUGGGCAGCUUUAUUGGGUCAUGCAAAGAUUGUCCAUGUUCUUUUAGAAAGAAACAAAGUUGGAACAAUCCUUUCUGAUAGUCAAGGUGCAACACCUUUACAUUAUGCAGCACAAAGUAACUUUUCUGAAACUGUAGAAGAAUUUUUUAAACAUCCUUCUGUGAGAGAUGACUCAGAUCUUGAGGGAAGAACUUCUUUUAUGUGGGCAGCUGGCAAAGGUAGUGAUGAUGUCAUCCAGACAAUGUUAAAACUAAAACUGGUCACCGAUAUCAACAUGGCAGAUAAAUAUGGUGGCACAGCAUUACAUGCUGCUGCUCUUUCUGGCCAUGUUAGCACUGUGCAAUUGCUUCUAAAGCAUUAUGCUCAGAUAGAUUCUGCUGAUGUAAUGAAACACACUCCUCUUUUUCGUGCUUGUGAAAUGGGACAUAAGGAGGUAAUACAGACACUCAUUAAAGGAGGAGCAAGAGUUGAUUUAGUUGAUCAAGAUGGCCACUCUCCCUUACACUGGGCAGCUCUAGGAGGAAACCCUGAUGUUUGCCAAAUAUUGAUAGAAAAUAAAAUCAAUCCUAAUGUACAGGAUUAUGCAGGUAGAACUCCACUGCAGUGUGCUGCUUAUGGAGGCUAUAUUAAUUGUAUGAUGGUACUAUUGGAAAAUAAUGCAGAUCCAAAUAUUCAAGACAAAGAGGGAAGGACAGCAUUACAUUGGUUAUGUAACAAUGGCUACCUUGAUGCUAUAAAGCUGUUGUUAGGAUUCGGUGCCUUUCCCAAUCAUAUGGAAAAUAAUGAAGAAAGAUAUACACCACUUGACUUUGCCCUGCUGGGAGAUCAUCACGAAGUAAUUCAGUUCAUGCUGGAACACGGUGCAUUAUCUAUAGCUGCCAUUCAAGAUAUUGCAGCUGUCAAAAUUCAGGCAGUCUACAAAGGAUACAAAGUUAGAAAAGCUUUUCAAGAUAGGAAAAACCUUCUAAUGAAGCAUGAUCAGUUGAGGAAAGAUGCUGCUGCCAAAAAACGUGAAGAAGAAAAUAGGAGAAAAGCCUCAGAACAACAGAAAGAAAUGCAGAAUUGCAAAACUACUAAGAUCCAUAUGCAGCAGCAGAAUUUUCCUGAGAUGGAAAGAAAUCAUUUGAGAGUUCAUACUUCACAAUGCUUCGUUCCACCUGUUAAAAGGCCUCCAUCUGGCAACAUGUCACAAAAUCAACCAGGAAAAGGCAAGAGAAGCACUGUUUUAUCAAGCAAAGUGACUAUCAAGAACAAAAGUCAGUCAAUAGAACUACUUGGUGAAGAUCACAAAAGAAAAAUGGGUGUAUGUGAGGCAAACAGUAAUAGCAAGCCUGCUUAUAUCCUUUCAUAUCCCUGUAAGAAUAAUGACCAUCAUAGGCAUGAAACUGAAAGAAAGAAUCAAACUGUAUCUGCUACCUUAGGCAGGGAUCAGAAGUCUCCUACAACAACAACUGGUAGGUUUGUGCACAUCAGCAAUAAAAGGCAUAAUUCAAACACUAAAUCUCCCAACUCAGACCAUCCAAGCUGGUCAGUAAGGAAUAAUAUAAAUCAUUCAGAAGAAAGAACAGUUUCUAUUCAGGAUGACAGAUGCAUUAGUAGAAGUAGUAGAAGUACAAGAAACUCUGGACAAUGUAAUGCAGCAUUUAAAAAUAAUCCACAUCAAUUAAAAACAAAAAGUAAAGAAUCAAAUAAUAAAAAAUGGUCAUUGAUUAGUUCAAGCAGACCUGGCAGUGCCACAAUAAGAACAAUGAAAGGUGAAAAGGCUACUUCAAAUGCUACAGCUACUCAGAUCAACAAAAUGAAAAAUAGUGGUGUCUGUUUGGUGGCCAAGAAUGCAAGUGUUAUAACGAUUGCACUCAACAAGAUGGCUAGAAGUGAUGCAAGCCUGAACAGAGAAGCUCUGUUAACAUCUACAAAUUCAGAAGAUCUGCCUGGUUUUGUUCAGCAUAAAAAUGCAUACACUGAACCAGUCCCAUCAGCAAUUCAGAUGCAAGUAAUAGAAAAAGAAAGAGUAAGAAAAGAGCUCUUUCAGAAGAAGUAUAAUGCAGCAAAUGUUAUUCAAAAAGUAUGGAGAAGCUAUCAGUUAAGAAAACAAUUCCUUCAGCUUUUUAGCACCAAACAGCAAUGCAAAGAUGAAUGGCAACAAAAAACAACUGUCUUGUGCAUUAAGGCUCUUUGGAACAAAAAGUUAAACUUUACUGCACCUAAAGCACUUACUUCAGGCAAAAUCCCAAAGGCAAUGAACAAAAACACCUUAGGAAACAACUUGGUACAAAAGUCAACCAUUCUGAAGCAGAUAUAUGGACACUCACAAGAAGGAAAGGUGAAUCAUGCAAUGAGAUUGCCUUCUUCAAAACAGCAGUUUUGUGAACUUCAGUUAAUAUCAGGUUUACAUAAAUCCUUUUUGAGCAAUAAGAUCCUUCCACAUAUCCUGUUGUGAAGAUCAGACUUUGAUACAAAUACCCAAAAUUCUGUUCUUCAGAUAAGCAGGCGGAUUGCAGGAUAUUUGCUUAUCAGAAAAUCCAGGGAAAUGUAAACGUUUUUCAUAUAAUAUGAAACCUGCC